UGAAAACACGCGGUCAGAAUGCUGUUGUAAUGCUACAGCAGGUCUUUUCUUCACAUAAACUGAUCUCAGUGGACUGGAAAGACAGUGAAGGUGUUUUAUUCCUCAAGGAGGAGCUGAGGAGUUUGUCUGAGGAGCUGGCUCAGUGUCAGACUCAGGAGAAUGAGGAUCUGCGACGAGCCCACGCCAAACAUCACGACCGGCUGCGUGUCAUUCAGACCAACUACAGAACGAUGAGCGAGCUGCUGAAGGAAGCUGAAGACACCCGGGACCUGCUAAACUGCGAAACACAAGUGCAGCAGGACAGCGAGGAUUCAUGGAAGGAAUUGGUGUUUUAUAGGAGGAGAAUAAGAAGCUACUCUCUGACAAGCAAGUGUCUGUGGUUCUGUCAGGUCAUGUAG